UUCCGCACAUACGGGUUGCCAGAGUGAGUUUCGCACGGACUAACUUCCUUUCGCUCCGACAUCUUGAAGAGGAAACAUGCCUCCCAAGACUGAUAAGAAAAAGGACACUGGGAAGUCCAAAAAAGACAAGGACCCAGUCAACAAGUCUGGAGGCAAAGCCAAGAAGAAGAAGUGGUCUAAGGGAAAGGUGAGGGACAAGCUCAACAACCUGAUCCUCUUUGACAAAGCCACCUAUGACAAGCUGUACAAAGAAGUUCCCAACUACAAGCUCAUCACACCCGCUGUUGUGUCGGAGAGGCUGAAGAUCCGUGGCUCCCUGGCGAGGAACGCUCUGCAGGAAUUGCUCGCUAAAGGUAUGAUCAAGCUGGUGUCCAAGCACAGAGCUCAGCUCAUCUACACACGCAACACCAAGGGUGGGGAUGAGGAGGUACCAGCAGAGAAAGCAUAAGCAGGUUCUCCUGUUUGUUUCCUUUGUGCUCUUUGUUGGAAAAUUGAAUAAAAUGUAAAGACAAA